AUGAAGUCAGCAAGAAUUCAGAAAAUUUUUACAUUUCUGGUACAAUGUCAUGAUAAUUCCAUAUCACUAAUACUUACUGAAUGUGUAAUUUCUCUUGCAUAUACUUGUCACAUAUGGCUUACAGGCCUAAAUUUGGUGAAUACUGAAAUGUUAUUCCUGUCGAUUCAAAAUAUUGAUGAGAGCUGUUGCACAUCAUUUCAAGAAACUAUUCAUCAAGGAAUGGUCCAUGAUAAGCUAAAGAUUGAAGAGAAAUCAAGACAGUUCACCACGUAUGGUGCUAGUUCAGAAGGAAUAGCUGUGGAAGAAGAUAGCUCAAUUGGUACUCAGUUAAAUUAUUAUUCAAGGGAAAAGGAGUCACCGAUAUACAUUUGUAAGUCGUGUGGUGAGGUUUUUUCCAGUUAUGAUAGAUUGAACAAACAUUUGAAAAUAAGUGAGGCUGAUCAAGUUUUAUACGCUGGCAAUAGUGUAGUGUUUGAUUGUGAUGAUCACUGUGAAAACGACAUCUUCUUCGAAAGUGAUAAAGAAGUUUCCAUCAUGGGACAAUUUGAGGAGAAGCAGUUUCAUCCAAAGAGACUUGGAAACCUUCGAAAAUUGGAGACGCACCCCAUAGAUGUAAUGUUUGUAGCAAAUCUUUUGCUCAGUUACGUAACCUCAAGCUACAAACCGUCAUACACACUUGUGAGCGACCACACAAAUGAUGUUUGUGACAAAUCAUUUACGCAGUUGGGUGCUCUCAAGGACCAUUUAUUAAACCACAUCGGAAAGAGACCCCACAAAUGUAAAGGUGGUCUCAAGAGCCAGGCGGUAACACACACUACUGAGCGACCACAUAAAUGCGAUAUUUGUGGGAAAUCCUUCGGUCGGUUGGGUUGCCUCAAGAAACAUGCAUUAACACACACUAGAAAAAGAGCGCAUAAAUGUCAGAUAUGUGAGAAAUCCUUUACUCGAUUGAGUAUAUUGAACAGCCAUAUACUAUUACAUGCUGGCAAGAGACCACAUAAAUGUGAUUUUUGUGCAAAUGUUUUACCUGGUUUGGUACUCUAA